CUUUGCAUGGCUUCCUCCAGCCCAGUCCAGCUGCUCAGAAUUUAUAAACCAGGUCUUUUUAUUGUGACUAAACUGUAUCAAACAGGCAGGAGGAGCAAGAUGGAAUCACAGACACAGGUCCUCAUGUCCCUGCUGCUCUGGGUAUCUGGUACCUGUGGGGACAUUGUGAUGACCCAGACUCCAUCCUCCCAGGCUGUGUCAGCAGGGGAGAAGGUCACUAUGAGCUGCAAGUCCAGUCAGAGUCUUUUAUACAGUGAAAACAAAAAGAACUACUUGGCCUGGUACCAGCAGAAACCAGGGCAGUCUCCUAAACUGCUGAUCUCCUGGGCAUCCACUAGGGAAUCUGGGGUCCCUGAUCGCUUCAUAGGCAGUGGAUCUGGGACAGAUUUCACUCUGACCAUCAGCAGUGUGCAGGCAGAAGACCUGGCUGUUUAUUACUGUGAGCAGUAUUAUGAUACUCCUCCCACAGUGCUUCAGCCUCCUACACAAACCUCCUUGAUGGUUUCAACAGCUGUGUACACCAUCCAUAGCCCUGGCAUACACAGUUCCCCCUUCUGAGAGCUGGCAUGCUAACAGUAAAAAAUAAUGUGUUUACUUCCUCUUUUGUCUUUUGGUAUAAAAUCUAUGCAACAAAAUGGAGAAUAA